AUGUCUCAGAAAACUUCACCAACCGUUCCCUCCCCUGCUCUCAAGACACCACUGGGCCAUUCGACUCACGCCAACACGCGCGUGAAUAGCCCGACACUUUCACCACAAGAUCCAGCCUCCCAGGACGCCGUUCGUCCGUUCCCAGCUCCGCAAACAUUCGACAUCCUCCCUCCGCUUCAUGCGCUCCUUGUCCGGCUCCUCUCCACCCCGCCGAACGAACAACAAGCUGCUGCAACAAAUCCAGAUGUGUCUACGGAGCCGGUCAUUCUCUCUACUCCCGGUGUUGAGACGACAAUGCAUUCUCUCGAUCCGCGUGCGCUAGUAACGGGAGCGAGUGCAGUUAAAAUUCGCAUUCAAAAGGCGAGGAGUGCCAUCGAAGAAUUGCCGGAUAUGCAGCGGUCAGUUGAGGAGCAGGAGGCUGAAAUAAAGCUGCUUGAGAACAAAAUUGCGCGUUUAAAAGGCGUCAUUGGAGACUUUGGCCAGAGGGCUGGGGAAGUUGUCAACAGCUCAUGA